AUGUCCUCGUCCACCAUGGCAAAGUCCCAGAAGCCACAACAUCUCGAUCUCAAUGGUAAUCCUUUCGAGCUGCCGACCUUCACCAUGAAGGAGAUUCACGAUGCCAUUCCCGCCCAUUGCUUCAAGCCUUCCAUCCUCCGAUCAAUGGCAUACGUCGUCCGCGAUUACUUCUACCUCUCCACCCUGAUCUAUCUCGCCGUCACCUACAUUCCUCUCCUUCCCAACGUCUACCUUCGAUUUGCUGCCUGGGUCGCAUACACCACGGUUCAGGGAUUCGUCUUCACCGGUAUCUGGAUUCUGGCGCACGAGUGUGGACAUGGCGCCUUCUCCAAGUCCAAGAAGCUCAACUACACAAUGGGUCUCAUCAUGCAUUCUUUCCUUCUCGUUCCUUUCCAUUCCUGGAGACUCUCUCACUCCCAGCACCACAAGGCCACAGGAAACAUGGAUAAGGAUACCGCUUUCGUGCCCCAUACUCGCGAUUCAUGGGUCAAGACCAAUUUCGGAGCCAAGGCGAAGGCCAACAUGAUCGAAUUCGCCGAAUUGGCUGAGGAUUCCCCAAUUUCUGCCCUCUGGCACGAUAUCGUCCAUCAAUUGUUCGGCUGGCCUGGCUAUCUGCUGUUCAAUCUGACUGGACAGAGAUACGGAGGUGCCAAGGGACUGAAGAUCACACAUUUCUACUUCGGCGAGGACAGCGUGUUCUUCAAGAAGGCCGAGCUGCCAUUGAUCCUUCUUUCUGAUAUCGGUGUUGCUGUCAUGAUCGCUGGUCUCGUUGUGGCUGGUCAAAUCUUUGGAAGCUGGAACGUUAUCGUCCUUUGGGGAGUUCCUUGGUUAUGGGUCAACAACUGGAUCGUCGCAAUCACCUUCCUCCAACACACCGAUGCCUCGAUGCCUCACUACGACAACAAGACAUGGACCUUCGCUCGGGGUGCCACUGCUACCAUCGAUCGCGAUCUCGGCUUCAUCGAUACCCAUCUCUUCCACGAUAUCAUUGGCACACACGUCUGCCACCACCUCGUAUCCACGAUUCCCUUCUACCACGCAGGCGAAGCUUCAAUCCACAUCAAGAGAGUAAUGGGCAAGCACUACAAGGCAGAUACAAAGACUGGGUUCUGGACAGCUUUCUUCCGAAAUCAACGUUCAUGCAAAUUCGUGGAAGAGACUGAAGGCGCAGAGGGAAGCGGUGUUUACAUGUACCGCAACUUAUACAACAGAGAAGGAGAGACGAAACCACAAAACUUGGCUGGUUGUGUUGAGAAGGAGCAUAAAGAAGUGAAGGAGGUGAAGAGCGCUAUGGCGACUGCCAUGUCUUCGUCACGCAACCUCGAUGCACGACGACGACUUUCGCACUCCGCACAACUCGCUACCUUGCCGAUGCUUGCAGAUGGAUGAUUGGCAUAUAGAUCUUGGGUGGAAUAGAUUCUGGCAUAGUCGGUAUUUUGCAAACUUGCAUAGACUAGAUUAGAUGGCGUUUGGUGUCUUCUUGUUUUAGAGCAUUCGAAAAGGUUAUACUUUGAACAUUUGGAUGCAUGAUAGAUCCUAGAUACUCGCGAAAAAGACC